AUGGCUAAAAAGUUGGUAGAUGGCUUGCAAAGCCUGGCUAAAAAGUUGGAAGAUGGCUUGCAAAGCCUACGUGUGCCGGGGAAGAGGACAAGAGGGCGACAAAAGAUUGAGAUGAAGAGGAUAGAGAAUGGUGAUGAUCGCCUUAUCACUUUCUCCAAACGAAGAUCUGGGAUCUACAAAAUGGCUUGUGAGUUGGUAACCCUAUGUGGUGCUGAGAUUAGUGUUGUAGUUUUUUCGCCGGCCGGGAAGCCGUUCGUGUUUGCUCAUCCUUCGAUGGAGUCAGUGAGCAACCGGUUUUCAAAGAGAAACCCGCCGCAGAAAGGCGAUGGUUCUCAUCCCCUUGUGGAGGCUCACCGGCGGGUGAGAAUCAACGAGCUCAACCAGCAGUACUGUGAGCUUGUGUGGCGGCUAGAAGCGGAGAAGGAUCAAGGAAAGGCGCUGCAGAGGCUGGCGAAGGCGAGGGGAAGCCAGCCGGGCUGGUGGGAGGCUCCGGUUGAGGAGCUUAGCGUGGAGGAGCUCAGCCAAAUGGUGAAGUCACUUGAAGAGCUCCACAAGAUCUUGUAUAACAAAAUCAUGUAG